CUUAAAAAACAGAAAUAAGAGAUGCAGGCUUUUUUAUUUAACGCCGUUUUAUUCACGGCGUUGUACGCUUUUCUGUCUUUGUCGUGUUUUCAACAUAUCGUUGAGGCGUCGAGCGGCAAAGGUUUUGGAGACAACAUCCACUGGAGGACGCUGGAAGAUGGCAAGAACGAGGCGGCAGCCAGCGGUCUGCCCCUCAUGGUCAUCAUUCACAAGACCUGGUGCGGAGCCUGCAAAGCGCUUAAGCCUAAGUUCGCUGCGUCCAAAGAGAUCUCAGAACUCGCCCACAACUUUGUGAUGGUCAACCUGGAGGAUGAGGAGGAGCCGAAGGAUGAAGCCUUCAGUCCCGACGGAGGUUACAUCCCCCGUAUCCUUUUCCUCGAUCCCAGUGGUAAAGUCCACCCUGAAAUCACCAACAAAGUCGGGAAUCCCAACUACAAGUACUUUUAUAGCAGUGCAGAGCAAGUGGUGUCGGGGAUGAAGGAGGCACAGGAGAAGCUGACGGGCGACGCCUUCAUGCUCAGCCACACCGGAGAUGAGCUGUAAGGAGGCGUGUGUCCGAGCUGCAAGGGCUAGGUCACCUCAUAGAGAUGCUCAAAUUGUUACCAACACUACUUUUUACAUCACCAUAUACUGUACUGUCAUGGAUGUAAAGUCAAUCAAGUGCCAAACUGACCCACAACUUUCCAGGGGUUUCCACACUGAGGCUCUAAAACGUGCCGGCGGUCAAUUUUUAUCGAGUCGCCAAUUUUUAAAACACUGUAAGAUUUUUUUUUUUUUAAACGUUCAUGAAGUUGGCACAUAAUCACAUUGUUACUCUGAAUUGAAUCCUUAGCGUUAACGUGCAGUGUGUAUCAUCUUCUAGACUACAUCAAAGAAUCCAAAAUGCCACGACUACUUAUACCUGCUAAGUUGGAAACACCUCAGACUUCCUAAGAUGGUUUCCGUCAACAUGUGAAUUUAUUUUUGCACAUAUAUUUUCUGUUUUUUUUUGCCUCUCAUUUUAGACCCAGUAUUCAAAUAAAGGUUUCUUGUAGUGAA